CUCCUUCUCUGCUCGUGGUGGUGUGACGUGGCGUGGUAUGGCAUCUUCUUCUGGGGGGUCAUAUCCCUAGCUCUCCACACAGAUACAGCAGCCGGCCUGCUGAUCCGCAGCAUCCACCUGGUCACCCAGAGGCUCAACUCCCAAUGGAGGCCCGACAUGAGCAUCUCCCUGGCCGCCCUGGAGCUGCUGGCCGGCCUUGCCAAGGUAAAGCCGCAGGGUCCUGUUCAUUAGGGCACACAACGUUUUAAAAUGAUCGUUUUAGGACACCAAGUGGGCAUCUGGAGCUGUCAACAACACCUACAUUGUCCAUUAAAGCAAAUUAAAACCCUACAUUGUAAGGUGACGGUGGACAACAAAACCAGCAUGGCUUUCCUUUCCCAUGUUAGUAAUCGUUGUGGAAACAACAAACCAUAUGAGGUGGCCAGACAAAUAUGAAAAGGCUAUGAUAAUGAACACAUACUGCCACUGCAAUAGAGAUGAAUAAGAGCCAGGAGAUUCUACAACACAGACACUUUCAGUUGUAGUUCACUGAACUCUGCUGGAUCUCCCUCCUCCUCAGGUGAAGGCGAGUGUGGAGUCUGCAGACCGUAAACGUGCGAUCAGCUCGGUGUGCGGUUACAUCGUGUACCAGUGCAGCCGGCCGGCCCCCCUCCACUCCAGAGACCUCCACUCUAUGAUCGUGGCAGCCUUCCAGUGCCUGUGUGUGUGGCUGAUAGAACACCCUGACAUGCUCAAUGAAAAGGUAGAGGGACCACAACAACACCUACUAUAUGGACUACUGGUUCCCCAGUUUAAGCCUAGUAGGCUACUAGAAAGCAAUUUUAAUGACAAAUGAUUCAAAGGCAUUUGAUCCACAAUUAGUCUCAUUUGAUAUUUCCUUCUAUAUUGUUUUUGAGUGUGUUUUGGUCCAGGACUAGGCUUAAUCUGUGUUUUUACUGUUCUGUCCAUCUAAGAAUGGCCAAGGUGCAUAAAGAUGGAAUAAAUCAGCUCAAUCUACAUUUUAGAUUUUUGAAAUUGCUUGCAUCUGGGAAUGACAGUUGGGAUCAUGUAUAACGUGCUAAUGCAGAUACAAAAGAGUAAUGGUGAGCAAGCUGCAAUACGACAAACUUAGAAAACAAGGCAUUUGUGGUACUGCAUGGAGGCUGCCAUGUUUAUGCACAGCCACCUUUUGGACUUCAAACAGCUUAUCACUAUAGAAGCAAAUAUCAAGCUUUGAGUUGUGAAAAGUGUGGGUCAAAUCUUCCUUUUGAAUCAUUCAUCAUUCAAAUGGUCACAAAUCCUCCAUUUGACGUCAUUACAUGAUUUACUUUUUGUUAAUUUUUUUAUUCUCUCUGCCUUAUAUGAGCACUCUAAACUCACCACCUGACUUUUGUGCUGUGCAAUGACGUAGCGUUUUGUUGCAGGACUGUUUGAUAGAGGUCCUGGAGAUCGUGGAGCUGGGCAUAUCGGGCAGCAAGUCCAAGACGGGUGACCAGGAAGUGAGGUACAAAGGGGACAAGGAGCACAACCCGGCCUCCAUGAGGGUGAAGGAUGCUGCUGAGGCCACCCUGUCAUGGUGA